UGUGGAUGCCGAUUAUAACCAGCGUGUCUGGAGGGAUGCCAAUUAGAUGACCUCGCACAUCACCGUCAAAGCGUGUUCCAAGAGCGACGAUUUCGGAACUUCCAAACAACAUGCCCAUGAUAACUACCUCAAAGCACAAGACGUUGAAGCACAACCCGUGGCAGCGGAGCUAGGUCUAUUUGACAUGAAGCGUGCAUUCGAUUACCUGAUCUACGCUCUCGAAUGGCAUCUGGAUCCCAAGGACGACAAGGAUGGAAGAAGGGAAGCUCAGGCCCCUGAGCUUUUCACACCAGGAUUUCACAUUCCGGCUGUGACUUGUUGGGUCAAACAUACCGGGCGGAAGUUAUACGAAGGUCUUUGCAACGGCAAGAUGAAGAAUCGGCAUCCGAGAGAUAUCCUUAGUACCCUGAAGCAUUUCGAUCAUCCUGCUGAAUGGUGGCCAUUUUGGAAAGAACGAUCAAUCGAAGUUUCCAAAGACUGGCCGGAUGAGUUUGUCAGAAACGCAGCAGAGCAGGCUAUGAAGCAUAUGCAGGAUAUCGCCUGAGAUGACUUUGUACAUAAACGAGAAAAUCCGCCUGUUCUUCUGCUA